AACGUCACACACCCCCUCCUCAAGGACAUGUGUCCCCGUCAAAGCCUGGCCGUAACUCCAGGCAACAAGGAACUAUUUUGAUUCCUUGUCUCAACCAAGGGCUUUGCCACUUUUACACCUCAAUAAAAUGUCGGCCCAAGCGCCGCAGCGCCUGCCCUGAAAGCAUCUUCCUUCGCCUUUUCUUCUUCUUCUUUUUUUUUCUCAUACUGUGCCCGUACCGAUCCAGCUCCGCUGCGCUUCCGUCUCUCCACAGCUGCCACGGCCUGCCCCAUCGAGUUCGGUCUAGGGGGGCAGCAUCAAGCCGACUUGUAUAUCCCAUCCCCUUUAGCUCCGUAGUCCAAGGCCCUCCAAAGCACCUAUAACUACUGCUGAUGUCCCGGGGUCGUUGUGCUGACUUCUGGCGACUCCCUCCUUGUCUGCCUCUUUUGUCCGCCUCGCCUUCAUUGCCUUCCACACCAACAGGUGACUGGGUAUCGCCUCUGGUGGUUGCACCAUUUCUAGAACGCAACCUGCUGACUUGGCUGCCAUAUAUUUGGGCCUCGUCUUGCCUCACCAAUCUUCACAGUGACUCAUUUCCUUCAUUUCACCUCCACACCUGCCUGUUGCGUGCUGGAUGAUUGGGUCGAGCCAAAGCUUCUGCAUCCAUCGCUGUGCACUUCAAAUUGGUCCUCUUCCUCGAGGUCACCGGUCUCAUCAUCGGCAUCUACUCUCAUCUCAAAGCUUGCGCAACUUGAGACGGCAGACCGUUCAACGGAUCCAACAUGUCGUCCGCCACAGACAACCAGAUGACGAGGUUUCUUUUCGCUAUCUUGAAACAGAAAAACUUGAAGGAUAUUGACUGGAAUGCCGUUGCCCAUGACCCGAUACUGGCACAGCCCAUCACCAACGGCCAUGCCGCCCGCAUGAGAUACUCUCGUUUCCGCUCGGCGAUGCUAGGUCUCGAGCCUCAAAAGCGCAACAGGGCCACCGCGAACAAGAAUCGCGUUACGAAAACCAAAAAGGAGCAAAAACCACCACACAAGAGAGAGGAGGAUUCGGGGAAUGAGCGGGUCAAGCCGGAACCAGGGACGCUCGAGUCACUUCGCCACCAUGCCGAGGCUCGCCCCAGGUCUCCUGUCAAGGUCAAGCAGGAACACAGCCAACCCCCAUACCGGCAACAGUUCACGCCAACCUCCAUGGCAUCACCCACCGCUCCGGAAUGUCAACCGGUCUUCCAAUCGAGAAUGCUCACGCCCUGCAGCGACGACAUGUUCUCGGCACCUCACAGCCUGCAAUUCAGCCCAUCCGCCAGCCUCAUGAGCGCUCACCCUGCCUUCGAUCUCCCUCAAGCCAUGUCCUGUGCCCACGACCAAGAUCACCACCAGAACGCGCAUGACCAUAACACAUGGGCCCCAAGCCCCAUCUACUCGGCUUUCGACGCCGCGUACGAUAUUGAGGGGUUUGGCGUCGGUGCCAUGUGCGACCACCAGCAUGUCCAGGGGCAUACGAACGACAUUCACGGGUCGCCUGCGCUUGGCUCCCUAAUGCCGGAACACAUGAACAUCAAGAACGAGAACUGGGACGCUCACUUUCACCUUUAGUCGAUGAAAGAAGCUAGGAGACGGUGUCAAAUGUUCGGAGAUGGGGAGGGCCAUCUUAUACGAAGUCGGGGUCCAGGUUGGGAAAAUUGGUUGUCUCACUUAACUGCUGGAAUUUUUCUCUCACGUACCCACCCUUUCUCUCUAUCUCUCUCCCCCUCUAUUGUUUCUUGUGCCGGUCACUUCCCUCCCCCAUCCCCGCGUUUGGAUUGCCAGAUGGAUGUACUAAUGAUGUAACGCACACCUGGACGGCGUUUGGUUUUCCGGCUUUGGCCUAGAAUGUUAUGGCGCUCCCCCGGUAGAAAGGGGAGGCCUUUAGAGUCUUUUACCCUUUUUCUCCUCAAUGACAUACAAUGAUGAUUUCGAUGAUGAGUUGUCUACUUCCAUUUGACGUGUGCUCUUUAUUGGCGCUCGGC